AUGGAGUUACAGGAGGUAAAAAAUAACGCGGAAUUCGAUAAAAUUUUGGCUGAUUAUUCCAGGUAAGUUACCGUCAAUCUUUUUGUACAUCCAUGUAGAAAGUAUUAAUUUAAAAACCAAGCCGGUCAAGAUAGUACAGUCUUACAAUGAGUUCAUUGAGCGACAAGGAAAAAGGUCUUGAAACGUACCCAGCUGAAAAGAGGAUUGAGGAACAUAGUUCAUACUAAGGAGUUUUUCUUUUCAGCUCUUAAGCGAACUGCCCAAGAUGACGUUGUCUCAAAAAGAAAUUUAGCAGGAGAGUUCGCGUUUUUAUUCAACUCGCAGACUGGAUCAGUGGAGAAUUGUUAUGAUCACUUAAAUUAUUUAAUAAAAUAAAUGAAAUUAAUACAAAUAUGUUAAGACAAAACCAAUUAAGAUUGUUGCAGUGAUCUGAGUAAUUAAACAAUGGUUUGCAAAAAUAUAUAUAUUCUUAAAGAACGUGGGAGACAGGGCAUACAUACAUUAGUAAAGCGGGUCAACACGGAGAAUAUAUAGCCAUUUUUCUGUGAAUUACUCAGCUGUAUGAUCGAGAAGUACACCCAAAGCUGUACAUGUAUACGAAGCUAUGGGGUUUGCAUAUCAUGCCAAAGAACUGCCUUUAUAGGUCUAUUUUUUGAAGUGCCAGUGAUCUACGUUUUUUAUUGUGGAACUUUGUUGGUUUUAAAUUCAUAAACAUAAAUUACUGUACAAGGCUGGGAAUGGUUAUUUUAAGUCGAUCAAUAAUUAAUCAUCACAGAACUGACCACUCCUUAUAUUAUAUGACAGUCAUUGACUGGUACAUUUGUGUAAAGAAAGGGUUUUUAUAGGGGUUCUGGGUACAGUAACUUACUCACAAUAUUUUUGUCCAGGAAUCUGGUAAUUGGCUGCUUUUAUAGAGAGUGUAAUAGGAGCUGGCCACUUAAUGAAGGUUAUUUUCCCAAUUUCCCAAGUUAGUUUAAUAGUACCCUAGCUAUACAGGUCCAUUCUCUAAAUACCUAGGAUGAAGCAAACUGUGCUCAUGAUUUGACAAAACUCUCCCAAGAGAGAGUUUUUUUUUUCUUUCUUGGUGCUUCACACCUUGCUAUCGUGGCUCAAUGCAAACCAUUGGUAUUAGGUAAUCAUAAAGAAAAAACUUCAGGCACCCAGGAUUAGGUUUUUUUUUACUCACUUGGCUUGAAUUGAGUCCCCUCUAUGGGGAAAUACCACUGUACGCACUUGUACAGAAACACUCAUAGGCAGUAACACAUAGUAUGCCCCCCAAAAAAGUGACAAUUGCAAGAAAAGACACUUUCUAAUAAUCCUCUUAUGUAUACAAAAUAUGAAAACAGCAAGCACUACAUGUUUUGCUGAAAUCUAUGGAUGUUUAUGUCGUCUUAAAUGAAACCGCUACCCCAAAUUCUUUACCUCAAGAACCAUGUGUAUAUUAAAACCCUAAAGUAGUGACCAACAUCAAUUUCCUCCAAUCAACAGAAAAGGUUAUGAGAAUAAAUUAUGCAAUAAUGGCAAAUGCUUUGAUCUUUGAACAAAUUCAUUCAGCCAGUUGAAUGAGAAAAUGUAUGGCAAUCAGUCUAGAGAAUUUGUAUGUGAUUAUUAGGUUAAAGGUCUAUGUUUGCCCUAAUGUGGACGUGUUUAAUUACAUCAGUGUUCAGGGUAAGGGUCAGUCUGCACGCAGUUAUCUACCGAGUACUAACAGCGUUAUGUCAAGGUUCUUAAAGAGUUUUUUUUUUUCACAGUUUCCUAACAGUGAUUCAUUUUCAUGCAUCAUGGGCUGCUCAGUGUGCACAGAUGAAUGAUGUAAUGACUGAACUAGCUAAAGACAACACACAUGUUAAAUUUUAUAAGGUAAAUGUAGCCCUACUUUAUAACCCUUUGACUCUUAGAACAAGUUAUGGCGAGAAAAUUUGUCUACUUAACUUCUUAAUCUUUGGAUGAAAUCCUGUAUUAAUCAUCAUUCAAAAUGUGAAACGUCUUUGGCAGAACUUCUUCAUGAUACCAUUGAUUUAUGUCUGAGGAUUUUUGUACGAGAAGAUUUUUUUGUUAUGUUUGUGAAUUUGUUAAGCAUCUCAGUCAGUCUGGCUGCUAUUUGUAGUGAAGGGGCUAAUUACUAUUAGAAAUAGAGAAACCUAUUUUAAAUGGUUUUCUAUUAAAAUUAAUAAAUAAAUAAUAUGCCAUAUUAUAUUAAUAUAUACAUUGCAUUAAGUAAUGCAAACAACAUAUCUGAUUGCUUUCGUCAAAUUUUCUUAAUGUUCUAGCUUGAGGCAGAAAAUCUACCAGAAGUGUCACAUAAAUAUGAAAUCAGUGCUGUUCCCACAUUUCUUUUUUUUAAGGUAAGUAACUUAUGUCUUUUUAUGGCAGAGCAUGGGAAUUCCUUUGAGAGGGAAAUUCACAGAUAGCUCUGUAGUACUUGUAUUUCUUCAUAAAAAAGAUUGGCAGAAGGAUCAGACCAAUUAUUGAAUCUUUAAAUAAAGCUCAAUUCAAUUAGUACCAGUUUCACCUGUAAUUUUAAAAACUGCAAGGGAAGAAUUAUUAGCACUAGUAGCCAUUUUGAAAAGUUUUAAUUUACUCAUAGUUUUCAUAUGUUUUAUUUGUGAAAGUUGUUCUCUUUUCUAGUGACAGGGUAAGCGCAGACCCUGGAAAAUUUUGAAAAGUCCCGGAGUUGCUUUUUGCGCGUUUCAGUAGUUUCUUGGUGUUGUGGAUGGGUUUGAUCACCAAAUGACAUAAUACAAAGUAUUGAAAAGAUGCUAAAAAAUACCCACACCACAAAACAAAAGUGAACCAACAAUAGUAUGCACAAUGUUCACCAAGAAACACCUGAAAAUUUCAAGGAUAUGAAACAUUUUUUUAGUAUUGAGUAACUUGGAUGAAAAAUUCCAACAACUGAUUGAAAGAUGUAGAUUUUUCAGCCCUGGAAAAAUUUUACCGUAGUCCUCAAAAAAAAUAUUUUUAAAAUGGCGCAAAUCAUGAGAACAUAGAACAAGAUGCUUAAAAUGCUUGUUAAUACAUGUACAUUGAUUUCUCAAAAGAUGAACAUUGUUUCUUUUUGUUUAGAACCAGAAAGUUGUUGAUCGGUUGGAUGGAGCAAAUGCCCCUAGCUUGACUAAGAAAGUACAACAUCAUGCAAAUGUCAUCACACCAGCUGUUACAUCAGCAAAUCAACAGGAAACUAAGAAGGUACAUCUGUUUUAGUGUUUGGUUUAUGGCCUGUGCAAUGCCCCAAGAUAGUAAGGAACUUAUAGCAGAUGGAGAAAAGUUGGGUAAAAACUGUCUAGGGACUGGGGACAGAGGAGGAAGUGGAGACUGUAAGCAUUAUUUUCAAUACCUCAUUCCAGUAUACCAGCCCCUGGUAUACCCUAUGAUUAGUCAAUCUUGACAGUUUAUGUCAACACUUAUGCCAAACUUGGCUUUCCACGCAUAGAGUCAAACGAACAUGGCGAGCUUGUGAAACUCUCCUACACAUUUUCACAUUUUGACAUGAGGAACAUCUUUUCUAGAAGUGGGCAAGGUAGUAAGCUGCCUUUGGCAUUCAGGCUCGCCGCCCCCCCCCCCCCCCCCCCCCCCCCCCCCCCCCUCUCCCCCCCCCCCUCCCUUCCUCCUUUCCCCCCCCCCCCCCCCCCCCCCCCCCCCUCCCCUCCUCAGCCCGAGCGCACCGCUGCGUCCAAUAGUUUAUCAUCCUCUUUUUGUUGUGUUUUUUUUAUUACCUGCUGUUGUUGUUUUGUUGUUUGCUUGUUGUUUUCCCACAUGUGUUUUUCCAGCAAAAAAGCAAAACAACAGGGGGGGGUUUUGAAAACUCCCUCACCCAUUUUCCAUUUUUGAAGUGGGAAAAUUUUUUUUAAAAGGGGGGAAAGGAGGAAAGUGCCUUUUGCCUUCCGGCCCCCCCCCCCCCCCCCCCCCCCUCCCUCUUCUUCACUGUUUUCACUCGCUUACUUUUUCACUGCUUACCCGCCUUACCCCGCAACUGAUUCUAAUAGAACGGUAAGGGUCAAGUGACAGUGAUGUCAUUACACUUCUCAACUUUUUAGGAGUCGGUUUACUGUUGGUCAACUGUUGGUUAACUGUUGGUCAACUGUUGGUUAACUGUUGGUAUACUGUCGGUUGACAGUUUGCCGACAGUAUACCAAUAGUCCGCUGACAGACUUUUAGGGGAGCUGUUCUUCACUUUUACCAAGUAGUCUGCACUGACUAAGAGCCUGCCACAUGCUUUUUGGUUUAUUUCUCUAGUGUAGUAGAUAGCAACGGAAGCUGCAUGGGCACUCAAGAUUUCUAAGGCUCUGAACUUUAUGCUUCCUUCUGAUUGGAGCACAGCCUUAGUACAAAGUUUUUCGAUCGAGUGAAUUAUACCAUUUGUAAUUAUUAUUGUGGUAAUUUUGUUUAUUUCCACAGGACAUAAAUACAAGAUUAAAAAACAUCAUAAAUGGAGCUCCUUGUGUGUUGUUUAUGAAGGGAUCCCCACAGGAACCUCGCUGUGGUUUGUGUCAUUAUAAUUUAUUUUUGGUGCUUUUGCCUUUUUCUGUUAUAUAUUAUUGCUCUUGGCCAUCUUUCUUUUAAUUUUUGUAUCAAACCUUCAUAGUAGUUAUACAUACUCAUGAAUACAGAUAUACUUCCUCAGCUUGAUUGUUAUAUUUUGUUUUAGUAAAAAAAUACUCUGAGCUACUGCUAACACAAAAUAACACCUUGUUUGUUUUUUCUCUGAAUUUUUAGCCUGUUCCAGGUGUUCAAAUAGUGUAGAAUGGUACAAAAUGGAGAGCAGAUAGAAAGAAAGAAAUGUUGAGGAGUUGGAGAGGGAGAAAGGAGGGAGUCAUGGUAUUCUCUUUGAACCAUAUCCUCCUUUUUUUUCCCCACCCUACCCCCUUUCCAUUUUUUCCUGCUCUCUUCUAUUUGCAACAUCCUCACCAUGGGAAUAGCCUUAUGAAAUUCAGGAAUACUUUUGGACUUCAAGCUGAUGUGUCUAUAUUUACUGGUCAAAAUUAACGGUAAAUUUCCUCUGUCUCUUAGUCCUAAUUCAUGAAAUAAUUAGGGCUAGGAGACGAAGGAAAUUUAGAAUCAACUUAGAUUGAAAAAUUUUAACCUGUUGUGAAUUUAAUUUGGACCUGUAACAUCACAUUUGUUUACAUUUAAUACAGGAUUCAGCAGACAGAUGGUGGAAAUAUUAAAUGCACAUGGAACAAAAUACAGUCAUUUUGACAUACUUACAGAUAAUGAAGUUAGACAAGGUAUGUAUUUGAUGAAUAAUUAGUGAUUGUAAUAGACUUCUUUAGCUUGUUUGUUUUGUUUUUCCAAUUAUGAAGAUCUCAGGGGAAUUUUCCCCUUUGUCUUUUCAUAAAUUAUACAUACAUUAUUACGCACUUGAAUAGGACAAAAUUUGAAAGAAAAUUAAUGGUUCUGUAGAGUACUAUACUUGACCUACAUGGGAAAAAAACAUACAAGAUAAGAAGGUCUAUUAUCUAGUACUAGGCACAUACCAACACUGACCCAAAAAAGCAAUUUUUUGGACAGCCUGGCAAGACUUUUUCUGGAACUCUUUCAUUGGUUUGAUUUGAGAGUGACACAUAUUUGAUAACUGACAUUAAAAUUUAAGGUUAAAAGAGUCAGCUAACCUCAAAAAAAAUUUAUUCUUAAAAUGUUCUUUAGGUUUAAAGGUUUACUCCAACUGGCCAACAUAUCCACAGCUGUAUGUUAAUGGGGAAUUAAUGGGAGGUCUGGAUAUCGUGAAGGUAAAGUUUUUAUCAUAAAAAUUGUGUCUUGUGUUCAUUUCUAGUGACAGCAACUCUUUGAUCACAUUAAUAUUUUAUUAUUUUGUUUAAUAUGGCCUUGCUCUCCAAGAGUACCUCUAAUGCUUAGUGGAUAGACUGCCAACCCAGAGUUUAGGACAUGAUGGAUUAUGGACUCCAGAUUGAUGAUUUUGUCUUCCUUGUUCACUCCCAGUUACUGCUUUCUGUUCAUCAUAUUAUACCAGUUAACUGAUGUGGCCGCCACACAGUGAUGUCCAAUCUCGCCUCUCUGGUUCUUUUGCAGUUCACCCACCGGCUGGAAGAGAUGAAAAACUGGCACCAUUUCCUCUUCCAUUUCCAAUAGUUUCUUUAACUUAAGAGAAAGCAAUCUUGUAUAGAUGCAGUAUGUAUAGGAUUCAAGUACACAAGUACUACAGCUGCUUAGUGCAAUAAUAUUGUAUGAUAUCUUUCUUGUCUCAGGAACUGGCAGCAAGUGGGGAACUUGCGUCAACACUCCCAUCAGACAACGAUCUUAACAAAAGGUAACAACUAUAGUAAUUCAUUUAGGAAGUGAAAAAUGAGAGAACUUGUUUAAAGUUCAACAAGUUAUGCCAUUAAAUUCUACUUAAUCAUCAGUCAUAAUGUGAGACAACAGUUUUUUUAUUUGUGAAUAGGCCAUUAGCCCAAUGAUGUUAUUUUACUACUGUAACUAGAAUCCUUCAGGGUUUUGCUUUCUUGUGAAAAUUAUAGGUUGUAGGGCUUUUGACGUUUUUGAACUUUGCUGAGAUUACCAAAUUUAAAUAUGAAAGGAAAAAUGAAAAGGAUUCUGAUUGUAGUAGUAAAAUGACACAGUGUAGUGUUUUAGGACACCAGUAGAUACUAAGUCAAUCAAACAGUCAGACAUAAAGUCAACAUGCCGCUUAACUUACAAUUCCCAGAUGCUAGUACUUAGUACACCACACACCAUCAUGCAAAUGGCCUAUUACAAUGGUGCCACAGUUUUUCAAACCAUAUUGCUAACCAUUGUAUUUCAGGUUGCAGUCAUUGAUUUCAUCUGCUCCAGUGAUGGUGUUCAUGAAAGGAAAUCCAGAGGUAUCAGAUGUAUCUUAUUUGAUUAUUUGUUGUUAAUGAAUACCUAGAUGCAAAAAUAUAUCACAUGUGUCGUAUCUUUUCCAGACUAUUAACUGACUUGUAUUUGUGAUUCAUUCUGUAGGGCUCGUACAGAUUCUUGAAUUCAUUGAAAUUUUCCUAGCAAUCUUCCAGACCUCGGAGAAAGUCUGGAAAAAUGGUGAAUAGUCUUGGGUUCUUUUUUUUUUUCAAAGCUACAACAAGUGCUUUAUAAGUGAAAUUCUCGUUUUAAUCAAAUCUUAUUCAAUAUCGCCCUUACAUUUGCAGUUCAUUAACCUUCAGUUUGGAAAAAGAAAUUAUUGUUUGCAAAAAAAGUGUGGAAAAAAAUAUGGAAAAAAGUCUUGAAUUUUGGAUCCAAAAAUCUGUAUGAACACUGUAUACAUGUGUUUAUGUUAAUGUCUCCUUUUUCCGCAAUGCCAGGAGCAUUUUGCCAGAUUAGAAUUCAAUUUCUCUGCCUAUAUUUAUAGAAGUGAAUCUUUUGUUUAGGCUCCACGGUGUGGUUUCAGCAAAAAGAUGUGUGAGAUCUUGAAAAAAUACCCCAGGUCAGUUGUACAGGAAACAGAUAAUUUCCCAGUGUGCAGGAUCGUAAAGUUACCUUACAAUACACCUUAAAUCCUAUUCACAAAACUUGAAGACUGGCUUUCACAUGCGGUUCAAGUAAACUUAUCGUUGUGCUUUCAUUUGUGCUUUAUUUAAAGUGACAAAAAUCAGUAAUCAGCCUGUAUGAAGGAAACAAUUUUAAAUAGUGUUUGGAAAACAGCUUCCCCUUUGGUGUUAACGGGGCGUAAAUUAUACACAAGUGAUCACAUCGCAUGUAAAACUCUUUCAGCUCUUCUCGUGUGUACCCAUGGCUGCUUGUGGAUUUACAGGAGCGCAUGUGUUGGUUCUUUUUCUUAACCGUGGUUUUUUUUUUAGUGUCCAAUUCAAGUCUUUUGAUAUUUUGGAAGACCAAGAGGUAGGCAUUUUAAUUUUUCAAGAUCAGAUUCAUAUGAGCUGGUUAUUGUUUAAAAAUUGAGUGAAAAAUACUGGUGGCUGGGUAGAGGCAGCGACACUGAACAAUAUUCUUAAUUAUUGUGGUUCAGGGGUGUCAUUACUAAAAUACCCUUUCUUAUAUUUUAGAUUUCCAAGGUUAAUGCCUUACAGCUUUACUUUUCAGGGUUUAUUCUAGAAAUUGGCCAAUGAGGGUCAAAUGGGCCCCCUUCUGCAAUUUCAGGGGGCCCUCUUUCAAGAAAGGGGGGUCAAGAAAGGGGGUUCCCGAAAAGGUAUUUGAACUUUAUAUUGGUAAAUACUGCUCCAUGAGAAAAUGAAUUUAGAUUAUUGACGCUUUGCCGCCAUUUUGGAACAUUCUGGGCAACUGUAAAAGCUUGGGCGUAAAAGCUUGUUGUCAGUGAUGUUUUCGAAUAUUUUAUUUAAAAAAAAAAGGUUCUUAUCCUUGGGUCUAUUUUUUUUUUUUGCGCGCCCCAUUUGACGCGGCAACGGAAAUUUUAUGCGGUAUAUUUUUUCCAAAUUGCGGAAAUCCCGCAAGGCCGCGCUCUGGAAUAAACCCUGCUUUUAAAAAAACUAUUUUGUAUCCGAGAUAAUGUCCCUUAAUAACUACCACUGUGCCCGUGUCUCUUACAACCUACUCUAGUCUUCCCUUGAGAUUUAGAGUCCCGCGUACGGUAAACAGCAAACGUCAGAUUCACGUUGAGAAAUUCUCACAAUAGAAAAUGAGGGGAUAAAAACAUGAGCAGCUCGAAAUAAUUCUUAUAGAUAAAACUGGCGUGAAUCUACUGAUUUACGAGUAGUUAUAUUGAACAAUAAACGUCGAUAUGUAGGGAAAACGUGGUCACCUGGUACAAAUUCACGUUUGCCAUUUGCCGUAAACGGGUGACCCUAAAUUUGUCUAUUAUCACCCGGCAUCAGGUUCGUCAAGGCCUGAAGACUUUCUCCAACUGGCCUACAUAUCCACAAGUGUACGUGAAUGGAGAACUUAUCGGAGGCUUGGAUAUCAUCACGGUAAUAUGCUUUCCUUUCAUUUGAAAUACAAGAACAUCUAGUGUACAGUUCAUCAGUCUCAAGGCUUUUUUGUUUGUUUGUUGUUGUUUUGUUUGUUUAUUUAUUUUUUAAAGGGAAUAUCUUAGUUGAAAAACCCUUUCAGAUUUUAGUUUGUAUGAAGGAACAGUUCUCAAGCAACUUUAUGCGUACCUUGAAUUUACGGAGAGUAUUGAUUGUCUAGAAAAUAUAAUGUCAGCUCUGCAGUCGCAUUCUCCUUUUUUGACACGUCUGUAUUGGCUUCAGAUUCUCAAUGAUUAGAAUUCAUUAGAUUGUCUGUUUGUCUUUUAAUCAUUCAGUUUUAGCUUAUUCUAAUUUGAGAAAUUUGUAUACACGAAAACGGCUUACCUCUAUGCUUCGGUCUAACGACCUAUGUUUCAUUUUUUUUAUUUAUUCAGGAACUAGAUCAAGGGGGUGAACUCGAAAGCGCGCUGAACGGUUGAGAUAAAAAAUCAGUCUUGGCAAACCGACAGCUAACAAGAUCAACAAAAUCGUAACAGGAAACAAGCAGUAAUGUUGUUAUAAACUGAACGUUUUGGGUUCAAGAAAGUUAAUUUAAGACAGAACAGUAAACAAAUAUCCGUGCAAACGUGUGACAAGUGUCGUGAAGUUGUUUUAACCUGUGCUUUCAAAUCUGGUUCUGUCUUCAGUUCCGUUAAGGGGAUUGUGAUCGCCCUCUCGUCGUGAAAUUCGUGGCGCAUGCGUAUCAGAGGUGUCUCUAUAUGAUUUUCCUGAUCGUUUGAACACAUUUUUGAGACGUCCCGUGCGAUUGACUCGAUCCGCCUGGGUUCUGGGUUCUGGGUUCAUUUAAGUAGCAUCCAUAGCGUAGUCAUUUUCGCUUUUGCCUGCUUAAUGCCAUGACAGGAUGACAAGCGCAGUAGUUUAGGUGUUGUGCUUAUGGAAACGCUCUGCGUGUGUUUAGUGGAAAAGAUGUUCACAAAUCUGAGAAAAGGUGGAUGACGAAAAACACAACUUUGCGAUUAUCAGGCCCUACUUGUUCAAAAGGUGGAUAGCGCUAUUCAACAUUCGCACAACUGUAGCUAUAAAGCUUUCAUUUUUUAGUGAGAGAUUAGUUUGGUCUUUCUCAUUUGAACCGAGUUUAUGAUAAUUAUAAGGAAGUUACACGUUUCUGGUCUAAGAUAUUUCUGGUUUAAUGUAGAAGGUUUUCAAUGGAAUUAAAUUGUUGAG